AUGCCAAGCUAAGCCAAAAAAAGGCCUUCUAAAGAAACCUUAAAGAAACUAAAGCUCUUACAAAAAUCAAUAUCCAAGAAUAGAGUUUAAGAAAUUAAUCAGAAUCUCAUUGUAGAUAUGGAUGAUUUAAUCAAUUUCUUUAAAUAAAAUAAGGCUUUGAAAUUGUACAAAGGUACUCUAUCGUAUUUCAAAAUUAAUCCUUUGAAUAAUAUGCUCUAUCUAUUGUCUAGUAUAUAAAUUAACUAACAACAAUACAAAUAAAACUAAGAGCAAUUAUAAUAAAGGGUUAUUUAUGGCCUUCUGCAAUUAUUAGAAGAAAAGAGAGUUAUACCUCAAAUCUUAGGUUGCAUCAAAUUGGAGAAUGGAAAUUUUAAAUUGAAUGAUAAUCUGUUGCAUCUAUCGGAAUUGAUUACUUUAGCCUCACUAAACGACGAUUAUAGAUCUAGAAACUCAGAGAAAAUAGAUAUUGACGAAUCACAACCUAUUAAUGAUCAAUAUCUACUAUUGUUAUCCUUGUAACUACUGCAACCUCAAGUUGAUCAAUUCUUAAAUCCUAAGCAUUUAAACCAACACGAUUUUAAUCAAAUUUAUGAAACUUAUAAAAUAAUCUAAACUGCUUCGGAUACUGAUCAUAUUAAUAAAUAAAUUAAAUAGAUUUAUACAAAUAUUGCAGAAAAAAUCAAUUCUUUGGGUUGUUAUCAUUUAUCAAAUGAAAUAUUGAAUAAAUCAAAUCAUAUAGAUUUACUAAGAACAUAUAUAGUAAAGAAGUUAGUAAUAAUCUCAAUAACAUAAAUCAAUGAAUAAAAGGUUGGACUACCUGAAAUUGUCAGAAAGAUUAUUCUCUCCAAUGCAGACUCAACCAGUUUCAUUGGUCAAAAGGGAGGAGUCGAACUAAGAUAUCCAUUAUUUUUUAUUAAAUAAUUAUCUAAAUAGGAUGAAAUUAAGGACUAAAAGCUUCAAUAUUGCAUCCGACAAAUGGAUGAAAAUUUGAAUUGGUCAGAAUUGAAGACUCUAUAUUAUAACACUAUAUUGCCAAAUUACUAGAAGUAUGAAUAGUUAACUGAGGAAGAUAUUAUUAUUGCUUAGUUAGAAAUAUUGGACUAGAAUUUCAAUAAAUAUGAAAGAUAAAUACGAAAACAUAUUAAAAAGCCUUCAGCCAAGUAAUAGAUAGCAUAAAUUGAAAACAUCUUGAAAGAAGAAGCAAGCAGUUCCUAAAUUCCAAAUUCAUUAUUAGAAAAGAUAUCUUAAAUUGGUUAAAAACUUGUUUCUUUUCGAGAAAUUUGUAAUUAAGAAAGUCACUAGAAACCAAAAGUUCCUAAAUAUGCAAGAAAGAUUUUAGAGGCUCCUAAUAAGGUAGCUCAGCCUGCCGAAAGUUAUAAUUGCUUAUCUGAUCUUUUGAAAUUUUAAAGGCUUAAAUUUUCGCAUUUGAUCAGAUUUUUUGGUGAAUAUUUGAUUAAUAAAAAUGUUCCUUAUCCUUAUUUCUUUGAAAUACUCAAAUGUGGUCAAAGUUGUGUUAGAGUAGAUGUAAGAAUAACGACAAUUGAAUAAUUUGUUCAGGAUGCUCAUUUUAUUAAUUUUAUGUUUGAGGAAUAUUAAAUUGAUAUAAGUGGAUUGUCUUUAAGAGAGAGAGCUAAUAAAUUGGGGAAUGUGCCUUAUGAUGUUCUGAUCAAGAAUCAUAUAUUUAAAGAGUGUUGGGGAGAUAUCCUUAUAAAAUAGGCAUAAUUAAUAUAUGAAAAUAGGAAAACAUUACGAUGGGAACUGGUAAAAAGAUUGAAAAAUGAGAAGGUUCUAGAAGUGUUUACUCAAAUUGAAGAAUAAGGAAGAAAUAUAAGUUGGAAAAGAUUAGAGUUAUAGAGAGAGAUUAUUAAGUUGAAAAAUUAUUUAUAGAAAUAAUAAUGA